UGCGUGGGUGUCGUGGCCUGCUUGCUCCUGGCCUUCCUCUGGAACUACACGUCCCCCAUCGCCGGGACACCCCACAGCACCGCCUUCCUGAUCCUCACCUUCUUCCUGGCCCUGGUGGACUGCACCUCCUCCGUCACCUUCCUGCCCUUCAUGAUGCAGCUGCAGCCCCAGUACCUGAACAGCUUCUUCAUAGGCGAAGGGCUCAGCGGGCUGAUCCCCGCUCUCAUCACCCUGGGCCAGGGCUCUGGCAUGUCCAGCUGUGUCAACGUCAGCCACGUGGUCAACGUCACCACCGGCAACGAGACUGUGGAGAGCACCGUCUUCCAGAUGGAGACCCAGUACAUCCCAGCCAGGUUCUCCACCCUCCUCUUCUUCCUUCUCAUGACUGUAAUGAUGCUGGCCUGCUUGCUGGCCUUCUUCUUCCUCACCAGGCAGCCCAAGGUGUGGGAGCUCUCCCAGGAGCAGCUGUUUCCCAGCAACAUCAUGCUGAGCUCAUUUUACCAGGUCCACGACGAGGGAGCUGGCUCGCAGCUGAGCGGAGGCUGCCCAUGCCCAAAGGAUGCCAAAGGGCCCGGGGACAUCCUGCCAAAGAGGAUCUACCCCCUGGCCAAGCUCACCUUCAUCUACCUCCUCAUCACUUGGGUGAGCGCUCUGAUGAACGGGGUGCUGCCAUCCGUGCAGUCCUACUCCUGCCUGCCCUACGGCAACACCGCCUACCACCUCGCAGCCACGCUCAGCUCCAUGGCCAACCCCCUCGCCUGCAUCGUGGCCAUGGUCCUGCCCAGCAGGUCCCUGGCCCUGCUGGGCACCCUCACUGUGUUGGGGACAGGCUUUGGUGCCUACAACAUGGCCAUCGCGGUGAUGAGUCCCUGCCCGCUCCUCCAGCAGUCCCAGUGGGGUGAUGCCACCAUCUGGGGAACCCCCUGCCACAGCGCGCUGGUGUGGUACGGGGCAGCGGAGCAGCUGGGUUCCCUCCUCGGCGCCCUGCUCAUGUUCCCGCUCGUCAACAUCUACGACUUCUUCAAAUCUGCCGACUACUGCAGCCUGCAGUGCCCGGCGUGA